CUAUGGCGCUCCUGUCGUUUUGAAUGCGCCCGCUGACGGAUUUGUGUUGGCUUCUAUUCAGUUUAGCAGCAUUUAUCUUGCCUUCUAAUGCUGUAAUGGCCAGCAUACGUUGCCCUAUUGCUGGUUGCAACUGGGAGAACACGUUCAAACGGGUUCUUGCACACAUUAGGAGUUUCCACAGGCCUGACGAUUGUCCAGAAGCUUUCAUUCAAGAACAUGGGUUAUCUAAAUGUCCUAAGUGUUCUCAGUGGUUCCUCAAGAUCCAUCAACACACAUCCAGAUGUUGUUCGUCUUCCAUAUGCGUUGACCACACCCAAACUUCAUCACAAGAACCUGCUAAGGCGUCUACACAUCCUGAUAAGUCUUCUGCUGGUGUUGAAUUGGAGGCAAACUUCCAAUCUGACAGGGAGGCUGAGGCAUGGAGGCUGAUUGACUCUCUGACCACGGAAGCCAUAUUGGAUUGGAUGCCACCACGAACUGUGCAGAAUGUAACACCUGGUCUUCGAGGUUUGUUUCAUGACUGCUGUCUUGUUCCUUUGAGGAAGAUUGAAGAUGACCCUACCAGUGAUAGAGGAUGGAAACUCCUUCUUCUGCUUCCUAGAAUGCUUCUCCAACCACAUGCUAGAGGUGGCAAAGUAGGUACAAGAGAAGUCAAGGCCAUCUACAAUCGCUUUUUGCAGUUUCACUGGCAUGAACUGAUUCAUCUACGUGGAGGAUCGAAUAGAUCUCGCUCUACCUCAGGCCCAGAUCAGAGAAAGAAGGCUGCUAUGCGUCUGAUUCAGUGUGGUGAGAUGUCUCGAGCUUCACAAAUUUUGACUAGUCAGGGUCUUGCUCCUACUACUGAUGACACUGUAAGCAAGCUCUCAAGCAAACAUCCUAAGCGAAGGACAUCUCAGUUGUCUCACGAUGAUUUUCACGAGCAAGAGAAAUCAGAGCAUCCUUUUUCUUUAAAGAAGGAAGCUUAUUUUGAGGCCAUAAGGAAGGCACCCAGAGGAAGUGGAGCAGGGCCUUCUGGUUGGCGAUAUGAACAUCUUCGUGGGCUCCUGGAGAAUGAUUUGACUUGUAACUUGUUCUAUGGAGUGUGCUCGCUCAUUGCAGAUGGUAAAGUUCCGGAUUCAGUUCUGCCACUUCUGACAGCAUCUCGACUCAUUGCCUUACCAAAAGCAAAUUCUGAUGUAAGACCCAUUGCCAUCGGUGAAGCUAUCAGGAGAAUUACAGCUAAGGCUCUGUGUAUUCAGCUGAAUGAAUCUUUCUGCUCCUACUUUUCCCCCAUACAACAUGGCAUUGCUACACGUGGUGGGGCAGAGUUAUUGAUACACCACAUUUCGUUUCUCAUGGAGAGCAAUCCCGACUGUUCAGUUCUCUCUACGGAUGUAAAAAACGCCUUUAACUCGGUAUCAAGGGAUAGCAUACUCAAAGAAUCAAAGAAGAACUUUCCUGAAAUCUAUGCCCAUGUGAGACAAAUGUAUGAUAGACCAAGUACUUUGAUAUAUGUCAACGGUCAGGGGACGGUGAAAUUGCAGUCAGAAGAAGGUGUCCAUCAGGGUGACCCCCUUGGACCAGUUUUGUUCUCGGCAGCAUUACACCCCAUUGUAACAGUUAUUCAGAAUAACCACCCGGGCAUUACGCUUUUGGCAUAUCUGGAUGAUGUCUAUGUUCUGGGACCACCAAAAGAUGCUUUAGCAGUCCUUUUGGAUUUGAAGGCAUCCCUUUCUGAGAUCGGUCUAGAAAUCAAAGAUGAAAAAUGCAAAUUGUAUUUUCCCACUGCUCCUGAUAAUUUCAGCGCUGGUGUCCCAGUUAGCAAAGAUGGAAUCGACGUGUUGGGGUCACCUGUAGGCAAUCAUGAUUAUGUUCAGUCUAGGUGCCUGGCUGUGGCUAACAUGGGCAGCUCGUUGUGUUCAAAGCUACUUGAACUUGACGACCCUCAGUGUGGCCUCCUUUUGCUCAGACAUUGUCAUGUCCCCAGGCUGAAUUUUUUGGCUAGGACUGUGCCACCUGACAGGUUACUGCAUGCAGCUGUUUGUCAUGACCACCUUACAAGGGCUACUUUCACUGACAUGGUUGGUUUGAACGAAUUGGAUGACACCGGAUGGAGCCAGGCCACUCUGAAGGUCGGGUUCGGCGGAUUUGGCUUAUCAUCAACUCAGAAGAUGGCUCACCUAGCAUUUCUGGCGUCAUGGGCACACUCUUUGAAAGAACUGCCAUUGAGAUUUCCACCUCUGAAAGAUCGUUUAGAACGGUUUAUUGAAGGUAGCAAUACAGGACAACUUAUUCGUACAUUGGUGGCAAAACUACCACCCAAGUCGGGUGCAGAUGAUGACGAGCAGUUUCACACCUUAGAGCAGAUGACAGAAUACCCUAGAAAAUUGCAACAUCGCCUGACGGUAGACGCUUCUCAUAAACGAUCAGAAGAAGUUAUCAAAAGCAUGAACUCAGAGAGACAUGUUGCAAGGAUCAGGUCCUUACACGGAAAAGGAGCUGGAGCAUGGCUAGAGGUAAUACCAACUUCAGACAAGAACGCACUGAAGCCGAAUGAAUUUCGUGUAGCGUCUUGUAUGAGGUUGGGUGCUGGUUUGCCUUUCAGCCGGCUGCUUAAGACGUGUGACUGUGGAACUGAGCUGGAUCGCGAGGGCUACCACCUUUUGACAUGUAAAUAUGGAGGUGGACCUGUGUGGACGCAUAACUCCAUAGUGUCUGCAUGGAGUGAUUGCCUAAGCGAUUUACUCAUUCCCCAUCAAAUAGAACCGAGACAGCGAUUUGUAGACAACGAAAACCGGCCUGACAUCACGCUUUACGACACUGACACUGGGAUCACAAAAGAAUGUGAUGUUUCGAUAGCUCACCCUUGGAGCAAAGACAUUAUUAAAGGUGCAGCCAGAGAAGGUGGCCAUGCAGCAGCUAAACGAGAGGCAGCAAAGUCAAAAAAAUACUCAGAGGAAUCGCUUGCGGAUGGAUCGAAGCCUAUAGUUGUCCCACUCGUCUUUGAACACUUCGGCAGAUGGGGCUUAAAGGCUGACGAGCUGAUGAAUGAACUGGGGAAGAAGGCGAGAGGCUUUGAUGGAAGAAGAAUUGCGGUAGAGUUUAAAACCUUCUGGAGGAAAAGACUGUCUAUUACUCUUCAAAAAUGCAACAGCAGAGUGAUUUUGCGGAAGCUGUCAAGGCUUUCUGUGCGCUCAUUAGGAGAUGACAGUGUUUUGGGAGUAGAUAGAGACAUUCAGUGUUUUACUCAUUAGCAAUAGUCUCGGACUACAAGUAGAACAUUUCAUUUUAACAAUAACUGUUUGUAGUAGUGAAGAUUGUUGACAAUAAACUUGAU